AUGUCAAGUUCACUUGGGGGCUACAUAGAAAGAUCGCCAAAACAAAUACUCUAUGAGUUAGAAUAUUACCUAAGAAGAUGGACAAAAACAAGUAAAAACAUCCAAACAUUAGAAGACCAAUGGGAAGAAGUGGAAGAAAUAAUGAGAAAUCUUGGAAUAAUGGAUUUAUUUAUAGAGAAAGCAAGAGAAAAGAAAAGGGUGCCACUGGAAACAGUAAUAGAAGCAGUACAAACAAGCCUGCAGAAAGCAGAAGAAGCCAGGCAAAUCGAAGAAGGUAUAAUAAAACAAUUCGAAGAAUCAGAGCGUAAGAAAAAAGCUGAUGAAGAAAAGAAAUACCAAAGAAUAAAGGAAGAAGCAAUAACUGAGUAUAUAAAAAAAAGAGUAGGAGAAAAAUAUGAACAAAAGUUCAGAGAAAUAAUGCAAUGGUAUGAAGAAGAAAAGCUCAAGAAAAAGUACCAAAUGGAAAGGAAAUCAAUACAGUGCACCGCGUGCAGAAGAUAUGGCCACAGCAAGGAAGAUUGCAGAAGACCAACGGUAAAUAGGAAAUAA